UUCAUCAUGGCACACGUCAGCACGGUGCGCCCUCUGUUCUCCUUUUCGUGUAUUUGUAUAUGUGAUGUGGAGAGUAAAUUGGUGCAUGUAAAAAAAAGUACGCUUAGAUUAAUCGCGAGGUACACGACGUAUCGAAAUUACACGCCAGGAUGGUCCUUAUCGCUGCUGCGGUAUGCACCAAAGCCGGAAAAACCAUAAUUUCUCGACAGUUUGUCGAAAUGACGAAGGCAAGAAUAGAAGGCCUACUCGCUGCAUUUCCAAAACUAAUGAGCUCGGGUAAACAGCAUACAUUUGUUGAAACUGAAUCCGUUAGAUAUGUUUAUCAGCCACUCGAAAAAGUAUACAUGUUGCUUAUCACAACCAAGGCCAGCAAUAUUUUAGAAGAUUUGGAAACUUUGAGGCUUUUUGCAAGAGUAAUUCCUGAAUAUUGCAAUUCGAUGGAUGAACUUGAAAUAGCUGAGAAUGCAUUCAAUUUGAUAUUUGCAUUUGAUGAAAUAGUUGCGUUAGGCUAUAGAGAGAAUGUCAACUUAGCACAAAUCAGGACUUUUGUGGAAAUGGAUUCACACGAGGAGAAGGUUUAUCAAGCAGUCAGGAUGACGCAGGAACGUGAAGCUAAAAACAAAAUGCGUGAGAAGGCCAAGGAAUUGCACAGACAAAGGAUGAUGGAAGCUAAUAAAAAGGGCAGGGCUAAAGGACUUGGAUUUGGGGCAUAUGGAAGCAGUGAUGCCCCAACUUCUUUAACUAAUCUGAUAGUAGAAACCAGUGAUACAGCUAACUUUGUGCCUGAUUCGAAUAGACCUUCAUACAAACCCAAGCCAAAACCAUCUUCCAAUUCUGGACCAGGUGCGAUGAAAUUGGGUGGCAAGAGUCGCGACGUGGAUUCUUUUGUCGACCAAUUGAAGGAAGAGGGAGAAAAUGUUGUGUCAGGGCCUCUUGCUGCUCCUGGAACAAAAUUAACACCAAUCAGUCCUCAAAUAAUGAAUGCAGAAUUGGUUCACUUGAGGCAAGAGGAGAGAUUGAACGUACGUGUUGGUCGGGACGGAGGUUUACAAAACUUCGAGUUGCACGGCUUGGUGACCUUACACAUUUCUGAUGAGAAAUGGGGACGUAUCCGCGUGCAAAUUGAGAACAACGACACGAGGGGCAUCCAGUUGCAAACUCAUCCAAACGUGGACAAGGAAUUAUUUAGAGCACAUGGACAGAUAGGUUUGAAAGUACCCACCAAACCAUUCCCAUUGAAUACUGAUGUUGGUGUGCUGAAGUGGCGUUUCCAAGCUCAAGAUGAAACAACAUUACCAAUUUCAAUCAAUUGUUGGCCUUCUGAAAAUGGAGAGGGCGGCUGCGAUGUGAGCAUCGAGUACGAAUUGAAGCAGUCCGAUCUUGAAUUGAAUGACGUUCAAAUAAACAUUCCUCUACCUAUUGGAUGCAAUACUGUCGUUAGUGAAUGCGAUGGGCAAUAUUCGCAGGAAACACGACGAAAUACAUUAGUCUGGACUUUACCAGUGAUCGAUGCUUCAACAAAAUCUGGCUCGAUGGAAUUUAUAGCACCUUCUUCUACGCCUGCAGACUUUUUCCCACUUCAGAUUACGUUUACAUCUAAAACACCAUAUGCUAAAAUUAAGGUUAGCGAAGUUUUGCUUGUAGAAGACGAGAGCCCAGUUAAACAUUCAGUAGAAACUGUAUUCUUUACUGAUAAUUAUGAAGUUGUAUAAGAUACAAUAAAUAAUAGAUGAAGUAUUUACUAUGCAUAUAAGAACGUGGAAAUGGCGCAGUUCAGUGGGAGGCAUAAUUUUCAAUGAACAAUCAAGAUUGAUUAUUGUUUGAUUAUCUUUAUUGCCAUACAAUCAUUCCUUAUAUGAUUAAUGAACAUGUUGGCACGUAUCGUUUGGUAUGUAUUUGUAUUGAUGUAUUAUUAUGCUAUUUGACAACUGUCUGACAACAGUGCCGAAUACUUAUAUACGUCUGUAAAAAAAAAAAAAGAUAUAUUUUAAUUAGAAAAAAUGGGGUCGUGACUCAUACACGGAAAGUUAUUGUAUUCUCUUUUUAUUCGGUACAUAUAUUUUAGUAUUGCAAUAGCGCUCGUAAAGAAUUGUAUUAUCAAAUAUAUAUACAUCAAAUUUUGUUA